AGACUCCAAAAAAAGAAAUUUGAAAAUGAUCUACGACACCGAAAGAAUCCCAAAUAAAAACUAACUAACUCUUAUGCCGCCAGUACUCUCCAUUGACAGAAAAUGAAGGAAAUGGAAAAGAAACACGAGAGACACUAUUUUCAUCGAUAUCUACUCAUGCAUUGUAGAUUACAAAAGAUCCUAAGAUCCAUGCGAGCAAUAGAUCGGAUUUCUUCUUACGUGGUAGUUCCAGUUGCAGGAAGUAACAAAUAUUGGCUAAAAAUACAACACACAGCUAGAAUAACAAAGAUCCCAACUCAAGAUAAGCUACAACUUAUUAGUAGAUAAACUGAUUAUGAACCGAGUUUCAAUCGCAUACGGCAUAAACAAUUCCGCUUUUCCAGAAUAAGUACUUUGCUAUAAGAAAUGAUCGAAAACACUGUAUACCUACAGUUAUUCCCGCAAAGCUUAUUUCAAUUAAAGUACUUGACAUUUCAACUUUAGUUUUUUUCCUACAAUUAUCUAUCGAAAUGAUAAGGUUUACUAUUUUUUUGUGAUAAUAAUACAUUUUUUUCUAAAAUCGAACAAUAUAUAAAGCUAACUAAACGAUGGGAGAAUCAUUCAACUUGAGUUGCCUCUCCAUACAAGAUGAAACUCGCUUUGGUGCUUUUCGCCGUUGUAGCGUUGGGUUCGGCUUAUCCGACCCACAGAGAUCUUCAAGGCGAUCUUGAAGAUAUCGUCUCAACCAUUCCAUUAUCCGAAAUCAGAGCAAUUGCUCGUAAAUAUGCUGAAAACGAUGCCGAAUUUCAAGAAGUUGUAAAAUAUUUGCAAGGACCCGAAUGGGCUGAGCUUGUUCAAACAGUUGCCGACAACGAAACAUGGCAAAGAUUCAAAGCUUACAUGUCAGAAGCUGGAGUAGAUAUUGAUGGAGUCAUCCAAUACCUCCACGAUCUCAUCGCCGGAGCUCCAAUUCCCGUAGCCAAGAAAUCCGAAGUUCGUAGUGUAAGAGAUUUCGUCGAUGAAGUCCUUGCUAUUUUGGAUCUUCAAGCCGUACUUGAAGCUCUCAAUGACAAACUCAAUAAUAGCGCCGACUUCCAAGAAUUCUUUGGAAAAAUCUCCAGCGAAGAUGCUCAUCAAAUGGUCGAAGAAAUCCGUGCUAUUCCCGAGGUUCAACGCAUCGCCCAACGUCUCCGUGAAAUGGGUAUUGAUGUUGAUAAAGUUAUCGAUUUAGUCUACGGUCUUUUGGGAUGGAGCAAGAAAAUGACCACCAGAGAUCUCCAAGGCGAUCUUGAAGAUAUCGUCGCAACCAUUCCAUUAGCCGAAAUCAGAGAAAUUGCCCGUAGAUAUGCUGAAACCGAUGCAGAAUUCCAAGAAAUUGUAAUAUAUUUACAAGGACCUGAAUGGGCUGAACUUGUUCAAACAGUUGCCGACAACGAAACAUGGCAAAGAUUCAAAGCUUACAUGGCCGAUGCUGGAGUAGAUAUUGAUGGAGUCAUCCAAUACCUCCACGACCUCAUCGCCGGAGCUCCAAUUCCCGUAGCCAAGAAAUCCGAAGUUCGUAGUGUAAGAGAUUUCGUCGAUGAAGUCCUUGCUAUUUUGGAUCUUCAAGCCGUACUUGAAGCUCUCAAUGACAAACUCAAUAAUAGCGCCGAAUUCCAAGAAUUCUUUGGAAAAAUCUCCAGCGAAGAUGCUCAUCAAAUGGUCGAAGAAAUCCGUGCUAUUCCCGAGGUUCAACGCAUCGCCCAACGUCUCCGCGAAAUGGGUAUUGACGUUGACAAAGUUAUCGACUUAGUCUACGGUCUUUUGGGAUGGUCCAAAAUGAAACUCGCUUUGGUGCUUUUCGCCGUUGUAGCGUUGGGUUCGGCUUAUCCGACCCACAGAGAUCUUCAAGGCGAUCUUGAAGAUAUCGUCUCAACCAUUCCAUUAUCCGAAAUCAGAGCAAUUGCUCGUAAAUAUGCUGAAAACGAUGCCGAAUUCCAAGAAGUUGUAAAAUAUUUGCAAGGACCCGAAUGGGCUGAGCUUGUUCAAACAGUUGCCGACAACGAAACAUGGCAAAGAUUCAAAGCUUACAUGUCAGAAGCUGGAGUAGAUAUUGAUGGAGUCAUCCAAUUCCUCCACGACCUCAUCGCCGGAGCUCCAAUUCCCGUAGCCAAGAAAUCCGAAGUUCGUAGUGUAAGAGAUUUCGUCGAUGAAGUCCUUGCUAUUUUGGAUCUUCAAGCCGUACUUGAAGCUCUCAAUGACAAACUCAAUAAUAGCGCCGAAUUCCAAGAAUUCUUUGGAAAAAUCUCCAGCGAAGAUGCUCAUCAAAUGGUCGAAGAAAUCCGUGCUAUUCCCGAGGUUCAACGCAUCGCCCAACGUCUCCGCGAAAUGGGUAUUGACGUUGACAAAGUUAUCGACUUAGUCUACGGUCUUUUGGGAUGGUCCAAAUAAUUAACCUAUAUUUUAAGUUUUGUACUUUUGAUAUACUUUUCAUUAAAUAAAUUCAUGUAA